CAAUACCUAAGGUAUGCAACUGGUCAAGUUGAUACGCGUUUUCUUGUACUUGUGCGUGUGCACGUGUCUAUGAGACUGGAAACGGGAACUUACCCAAAUACUCCCAAACCAUAGCCUAUUGUGCUUGGUAUUCUUCUAGCCUAUAGUGUAAUCUACAACUCCGAGGAAUUUUGAUGACGCCCAUGACCACUACAAAUAAGACCUCUGUUCACUGAAGGAGACAGUUCAAUACCACAGACAAGCUCUUGCGUGUAGACAGUAACAACGCGAUCAUGACUGAAGCACUAGACAUUGCCUCCUGGGAUCUGGAGUGUGAGUUCAACAAUACAGACCACCGAACGGAGCUCAACGGGACAGAGCGCUUAAUUGUGAGACGAGGCCAGCCGUUCACCGUCAACCUACACCUCCGCUCUGGCGCCUAUCAGCCCGGCAGCAGUGCUCUGGACCUCACCGCGGAGACAGGUCCCCAGCCCUCAGACCAAUAUGGCACGCGGGCCUCCUUUGGUCUGACCGACCAAAUCGACACAUCCCAAUGGAGCGCCGCCGUCACCAGUCACAUGGACAUGGUGUCCCUGUCCAUAUGUUCCCCCCCGGAUGCUCCCAUCGGACGCUGGCGCCUCAGCCUGGGUCAGGCGGGCCAGUUUGAGUUUGUGCUGCUCUAUAACCCCUGGUGCACAGGCGACAUGGUGUACAUGGAGGGGGAGAAGGAAUUGGAGGAGUAUGUCUUGGCUCAAGACGGCAUCAUCUUUCGGGGGAACAGUCAGUACCCCAUCCCUACACCUUGGAACUUUGGCCAGUUUGAGGAUGGGAUCCUUGACGCCUGUCUGAGAAUCCUGGACAUGAACCCGAAGUGCCUGCGUAACCCUGGGAAGGACGCUUCCGGCCGGAGGAACCCGAUCUACGUGUCCAGAGUCAUCAGUGCCAUGGUGAACUGCAACGACGACCAGGGAGUCUUGCUAGGCAAGUGGACUAAUGACUAUACUGAUGGCGUGAGCCCCAUGUCCUGGAGGGGCAGUGUGGAGAUCCUGCGGAACUGGGACAGGACUGCCUGCGAGCCUGUGCGCUACGGCCAGUGUUGGGUGUUUGCUGCGGUGGCCUGUUCAGUGUCUCGAGCCCUGGGCAUUCCUUCUCGGGUGAUCACCAACUACCAGUCGGCCCACGACAGCAACAGUAAUCUGAUCAUAGAGCUCUUCGUCGAUGAGAACGGACAACUUAUGAAAAAUUCCAGAGACAUGAUAUGGAACUACCACUGUUGGAUUGAGAACUGGAUGACCAGACCUGAUCUCCAGACAGGUUUUGACGGCUGGCAGGCUGUGGAUCCCACUCCACAAGAGAAGAGUGAAGGAGUUUAUUGCUGUGGCCCUAUUCCACUGAAAGCCAUCAAGCAGGGCGAGAUCACCUAUAAAUAUGACGGGCCGUUUAUAUUCGCCGAGGUCAACGCCGAUGUGCACACCUUUUGGAAGCUCAAAGACGGACGCACAAAGAAGGUCAUCACCACCACUAAAGUGGGCCUGAAGAUCAGCACCAAGAGUGUUGGCAGUGAUGAAAGAGAAGACAUCACACACUUGUACAAAUACCCUGAGGGUUCUGAAGAGGAACGAGAGACAUUUACUAAAGCAAACCACCAGAACAAACUUCUUCAGCAGCAAGAUAAUGCUGGCCUGCUCAUCAACGUAAAGGUUUCUCCUGAGAUGAGGAAGGGAUGUGACUUUGAUGUGUUCGCCGUGGUUACAAACAACACGGGUAGUGAGAAGAAGUGCCGUCUGGUGUUUGGCUCCAGAGCCGUGUCCUACAAUGGCAUUCUGGGAGGAAACUGUGGGUUCAAAGACCUGCUCAAUGUACAGUUAGCACCUGGACAAGAAAAGCGGAUAGCUCUGAGGAUGAACUUCUCCAACUAUGCAAGUCACCUAACUGAGGACAACCUGAUCCGGCUGGCGGCCCUUCUUGUAGACUACAGUACCCAAGAGGCCUACCUCGCUGUCAGGAACAUCGUACUGGUGAACCCUGAGAUCAGAGUCAGGAUCCUUGGGGAACCCAAGGAGCGCCGUAAACUGGCAGCUGAGAUUACCCUACAGAACCCACUCUCGGUACCACUGCUGGACUGCUGCUUCACCGUGGAAGGAUCCAAUCUCACUGACGGCAAAAUCAUCACUGAGAGACUCGAUUCGGCGGUGGAACCCGGGCAGGACGCCAAGGUCAAAAUCUACUUCACGCCCACCCGCUCAGGUCUGAGGAAACUGGUGGUUGACUUUGACAGCAACAAGCUGUGUCACGUCAAGGGCUACAGGAACGUCAUUAUCGGGAAAUAGUGGACCCGCUCGUGAACAUGCACUCCUUUAAACAAAGCCUCUGCAAAUAUGUGUGUUUCAGUAUACUUCAACUACGUCUGUUGAUUUUUUAUUUUUUAUAACUGCUGUCAUUUAUUGGAAGAAAAUAAAUUUCACGCAUUGCCUUAAAACUGCA